AUGUCAACAACAAGGUCUCGAAAACCUCGAGAAGAAGUGAAGCCCGAGACGGAGUUAGAUAAAUAUAAGUGGUAUGAAACAGUUUGGACACCAGAAGUAAGUUUAUUACGUAUGUUUUGGAUAAUAAUGAUGUUUAUUAUAUGAUUCAGGACUCUAACCGUAAAAAAUCGUUUUUAGGAGUUUAAAACUGCCGAGUUUGGAGUGAAACGUCGUGUCGUUAUCGACGGAUGCAACUUUAUUUAUAAUGCGGGCAACAAGGCAUACGAUGUACAUUGUGACAAUGAGUAAGUAGUCCGUGUUUUAUUUUUUUGCUAUUUAGGUAAUGGAACAAGGUUUUUAAUGAGUCAAUGGUCUUAAUUAUGGUCGUCAUAGUUAUUAUUAUAAAAAAAAUGUUUUAUAUUAUAAAUACAUAUAAUUCUAAUAAGAAUUUACAUCUUUUUGAUAGUUUAUUGUCAACAAUAUAUUUUUACAGCAAGUUCAAUCCAGUAGCUUUAUUAAUCUUGGUGUAUGACUUGAUGGAGUAUGGAUUUGACGUUCAUGUGUAUAUAAAGCAAUAUUUUAAAAAUGAAGCGAAGGCCAUGGAUAAGACCACAGUGAAUGAAGAUAUUAUUAACGUAGGCUUUUUAGUCCUAAUUUAAUCAGGUUAUACCAUCUGUUUGUUUUACCUUGAUUUUUAAAAUUUCAUUUUAGGAGUUGGAAGCGUUGGAAAUUGCUACAGUGCUGCCUGAUCAGGUAGAUGACGAUAAAGCUGCAUUGGAAGAUGCCGAGAAAACUGGCGCAAUUAUUUUAUCUUUAGACAAAUAUAAACAGAAGGCGUAUGAUGGGUUCAAAUCAAGAUCAAGACGUUGUGGAUUCAACGUGGUUACAACUGGACCACCAAAAGACAUGUGUUCUUUUGAAGCUAGGCUUCACUGUAGCAUCAAAAUUGUUUUGGAUGAGGAAUUCAGAUGUGAGUUUACAUUUUUUUCUUUGGGUUAGCAUUUGAUUACAAAUUUAUCCACAUCUUAUGUUCAGGAAAGAAUGUUGUUGCCGUUGUACAUUCUGGAAAGAAAGUUGUUGCUAUUUUGAUAUCUAAUUUUAAAAAGGUUUUAUGUAUGGUAAUUUUUCAGGGACGUCAUACGUUUUACCAGGCGAAGAAGACUACGUAAAAGUGCAAAAUUGUGAAAAGAAGAUCGAUAUAAAGAAGCGUAUGGAUGCGCUUCAGAAAAUGGAUGUUUUGGCAGAUUGGUAUUUUCUGGAAUGUGCAAUCUACUCAAAAGCCGUUACGGAAGAUGAUAUCAAGAAGAUUCAGGAAUCCAUACCAUAUUACAACAAAAAGUUCAAAUUAACUACGAAAUUCAAAAAAUUUUACGACACUUAUCUCACUUAUCAGUAAGUUUAUUAAAGUUUUGAAAAAUUUACUGUUUCACACUGUUAUGUCGUAUAAUCGACGUUUGAAUUACUAUAGAUAGUUCGUUUUAACAAAACAGUUUGCGUUCUUACAUUAAAAAAUUGCACUUAAAAUAAGUUGCUUAAUAUGGUACUGUAAAUUAUGUAAAUGUUAAUAUAAUUUUUGCAGAGGCAGUUUGCUGUGA